CGGUGGCCGCUGGCAGGGCAGUGCGCCGCGGACCGGCCAUGGACUAGCAGCGAGAUGAUGUAUGGUAUGGUCUCCGACUACUCAAGCUACGAGGGCACUCAGCAGCCCCCGCAGUUUUUCCCGCAACCAGCCCCGCAGCAGCACCAGGCGCCGUACCAGGAAAAUUUCUACUAUUCGACGGCGGCUGCGGCCCCCGCGGAGACCGCAGCCGCCGAGUGUAACAUUAUCACGACCGAAACCGGGCUCAGCUACACAAACCUCGACUGCUAUGCGACGGGUGGACAGGGCGGCCACCCCGGAAGCCACCACCAUCACAACCAGUACUACCCUGCAGAUUACUACCCGACGACCGAGUACUACACCCAGCAGCAGCACCACCAGACGCAGCAGCCGCAGCCUCCUGAGUACCAGCAACGUCAGCUUCAUCACAAUCACCUGCAACAGAACCAUAGUCAACAAGCCGCCGUGCCCACCUAUAAGUGGAUGCAAGUCAAGAGAAAUGUUCCUAAGCCAGCGAGUAAAGCGACAGUAGAGUUGUUCCAGCAACACCACCAGUCCACAUCGCUGCCGAUCGGCCCAUCCGCGAUGGCAGGAUCAGGACCUUUGGGCCCAUUGUCGUCGCUAGGCCCAGUCCUGAGCGGGGCAGCUGCCUUGGCUGCCGGCGCCGGCCGCACAAACUUCACCAACAAACAACUCACCGAGCUGGAGAAAGAGUUUCACUUUAACAGAUACUUGACACGUGCCAGACGGAUAGAAAUCGCGUCUGCACUACAACUAAACGAAACUCAGGUGAAGAUCUGGUUCCAAAAUCGGCGGAUGAAGCAGAAAAAGCGGGCGAAAGAAGGAUUAAUUCCGCCGGAGAGCGUUGCCACCAGCCUGCCGAGCAGCAGUAGCAGUAACUCACCUAACCUGAGCGGGGCCCUUGCACCCCACGAGGACUCACCCUCGGCCCCCUAGUCCAAACCUCGUAUGGUUCCUCGACUCGACUCUCUGCGCAUGAGUUAAAAAUAAACAAAACCAUCAGUAUAGGAAGAUUUAGAAACAACGAAAUCGAAGUGCGUGCGGCCCUUUAGCAGAGCAAAUGACUCGUUCAGCAAAGCUCAGCACAAAAACGGACACCCUCUGUCGUGACUUUUCGUGUGCAUACUCUUUCACUUGCUGAUUCUAUUUAUUAUAUCUCAAUGUACUGAUGUAAAUAUGUACCAACCUUCGUAGAUCCUCAAUAAACUUAUUUAAUAGUUAUAUGUAAA